UGUUGUGAGCAUGUCGGCUCUUCAGCCAGCAAGCAGGUCUUCCUCUUCCAUGAGGAGGAAGCAGCAGAUGAAGAAUGGCAGACUCGCAUACGACUCGUUUUUGAAUCGUCGCCGCGGGAUCGAAGCCACACAACAUGCUGUUGUUCCUGCUUGCUCUGUAACUGAGGAAGCAACGAGGAGACAUGUCCGCAGCAACCAGGCUGCCUGGGGCAACAUACGAGGCAACAUCCCACGUACUAGGCCGUCGUUGCGGUUAUCUCCAACGUUACUGCCAGAAUUUUACCAACAGAAUGUUGCUGAUACUUCUAGUACCUUCUCAAGCUGCUACAAAAAUCAUGUUGUUGAUGUGACACACAAAUAUAAUCGCUUGGACAAGGCGAUCACGGAGCAAGCGAAGGUUGAUCUAUUCCUGACGAGAUAUGCGAGGACUCUGAAAACGAAGCUUCGAGGUGAGUCGUUAGCUUUAGCUUUCGAAUUUCCAUCACGUAGAAUGGGAGAUGCCAUUUCUCCGACUCUGUACCUAUGCUGGACACCAGCGAAGGGUGAUGUCAUAGCCGAAGAACUGGCAAGAGAUCGACAAGGAUGGGGUCUAACGGUAUAUGGGAGCUUGUUUAGGGAAGUGAGGGAAGCUAUGUUGAGGCCUGCUGUAUCGAGGAAUGAAGUCGGAUCUGGAAUGGAAGCGGAGGUGGGAGGCAAGGACACCAGUGAACUAAAUCUCGGUGCUGAAAGCGCAGUCGAAGUUAAGGCUUUUUUAUGUUAUAAUAUUACACAGGAAGUGAGGCUCGAUAUCUCUCACAGUGCAUGUUAUAGCACUGUAAGUAAGGCUCGAUAUCUCUGACAGUGCGGUCAUUAUAAGGUCACUUGCAUGAUACCUACAGCUCUAAGAGUAGUUUUGGUGAAACCUGUUGUCCAGAUCUAUUUUGGAAUCUCGUGCAUGGGGCGCAGAUGGCAGAACACGCUUCUACAUCAAGCAAAGAAACAACAGCGGAUGCUACAAGACCGUCACUAAGAGUAUGCCUUGUAUUAAGGGUAGGUUAAAGGUGCUUUUCUUACCGCUUUUUAAUAUGCCUUUCUCCCUUAGAAGAAAGGCAUAAACAGCGGGGUAAGCAAGCACCAAAAACCUACCUCUAAUUGUACGCGGCGAAGCAAAUUCUAGGAGGAGGCUGGGGAGAAGGCGCAGUUGUGAGGGAUUUCGUGGCAGUAAAAUGCAUUUGGACCCAGCAGUGGUUCUCUCAAGAUUUUUAUUUAAAACGUCUACAAGAGUAAGAGUUGGCUACACCAGUUGUACUCAGCGGCGAACAUUCCAUAUUACUAGCGCCGGUGGCGAUCCUCAUUUGCGAAACUUCUCUCUCCAGAGAAUAGGACAAUUUGCCCGGAUGAACAAGUCGUUCUUUCGUGUAUUGCGCCAGAAUGCAGUUUUUACGCCUUUCGACAUUGCAUUCUUCACUACCAUUCUUCACUCGUUUUCCAGUAGGGUUUAGGGUUGUGAAGAAUGUAAUUCCGUAACCUCUAAAAAUGGUCUGUCUUCAAGUGUAAGCGAUCUAGCAUUGCGGAAACAAAUCAUAAAACAAGAAGUUGCUGGUAUAGCCACAGACCCGGGAGUUGAUCCAAGAUCUAGCAAUGCAGUGUCAUUGGAAUACAGGAGGUCAGUGCAUUUUGCACUACAAACUGCAAAGGGAACGACUCUACCGAGAAGGAGGUCGAGUAGAUCAACGAGAGGCCAAUCCGUCAUGAAGAAAGGCAACAUUAUUCCAGUCGCAAACUGUAUCAGACCACCAGUACUGCUGUCGUCCAUCUUGGAUUUCAGGGAAUUGUCACCUGCUAAUAUCAGCAGUGCAUCGUCUUUGGCGGGAAAGAGCAGGGGAAGUGGCUCGUCUCACGAAAAUGACUCAUCACUACCAGCAGAGACCGGUAGUGGUUGGAGCAAAUGGUUCAACGGCGGGAGUGGAUCCUGUUUAGAUUCUCUGCCGAAAGAAACGGAAGAAGCUUCUUUAGAUUUGGGUAGAGGUCAUUACGGCUCAUCUUUAUCCAUCUUAUGAUGCAUCCUGUAGCGGCUCUUCUCGAAAAUUUCGAGCGGAAGAAGCGCCCAGGAUGCGCCUCCAGAUGGAUAAGGAGAGCGCCAAGUUCAGGGCAGAGGUAAUCAUGCUGUGGUCGGAUCUGCAAGUACGAAAGUCAAGGAGCCAUCAGACACCACAAAGAAGGGCCUCCUUAGCAGACUCGGCAUGUCGAAUUUUUUCAGCAUGUUUUCGUCUGCUGAUGCGGGCAAGACAAAGGAUAGUCAAGAGGCUGCUUCUACGAAAAUUUCUAGUACUGUUUGUGGCGAAGGGCAAGAGGCGAUUGGAGAGAGCAAAAUUUGUGACCAAAACUCUGCCGCGGGAAGUUUCGACAUCGGCGUAUCCGAGGAAGAAGUGGGUGCUUCAGAGGGGGCCCAAGUCAGAGCUCAAGCCGCCGGGACCAGUGCGCAAAGCAGAGAAUACAAUGCAGUAGACUCAGAGAUAGAGGAUGAAGCGAAACGAUUAGAAAAGGAGAUAGCAGAAUUGGAGAAAAUGCUUGUUCAGGAAGAGAAGAUUCCGAAAUCAAAGGGUGGCAAGCAACGGGAAGCGAAGCCGGAGGAGACCAUUUAGAUUUAGACUUUAAUGGCCGCGGCUUUGGAUGUGAAAAUAUGAAGACCCCCUUUUCAUAGAUCUCGACGCCUUCGUCUAGUCCCAGAAUUCCCAUACCUGUCUAGUAGAGUAGAACGAUCGCGAUCAAUGUUUCACUCUUUUAACGAAGGACGGCCUCGGAGCCCACGCACACAUCCUCUGUGAGUCAGGGGCCCACGCUGAUGCUUAGCGGUUUUUUGUGGGUUUUUGCGAAGGCGGUCUAGAGCGGGAAGCGAAGCCGGAGAAGACCAUUUAGAUUUAGAUUAGGGAUUCUUUGACCGAGGUCGAUUUAGAUUUUGGCAGCAGAGAAGACCAUUUAGAUUUAGAUUAGGGAUUCUUUGACCGAGGUCGAUUUAGAUUUUGGCAGCAGUUUUGGAUUUAGAUUUAGAUUAAACAUUGGAUAAGCUCAUGCGAUUCUAAGAUACGCAGCUACGCAGCGAAUGUUCGCUAGUGCAAUUCUUGAUGUUUUUCUUGAUUAUUUAGAUUUCUCGCUAUUUAGACGAGAAGUGACUGUAUGGGAUAUGUUCGAGCUUACAACAAUGAAAUCUAACGUGAUUCUCAAACCAAAAUUUAAGUUCAAUGUGACAACUGAGAGACGUUUUGAUGUGAAGGUAUUAUAAAUUCUCUUUGAACUCUAAAUCCAAAGUACAAAGCGCAAAAAAUGGAUCUCGAAAGCCAUGAAAUUGAAAGCCAAAAGAUCGAAAUCAAAAUGAAUUUCUGAGAAUGCAAAGCAGAAAUCCAAAUUUAGAUUUUGUGAAGGAUCAUUCAACAAAAAUGCAAAAUGGACGGAAAUCUAAAGAUCUCGAAAUCGAAAGAUCCUCCGUAUACUAGACGUAUAGUGUACAGCAGAGAAGGAAUUUUAUAGGAAAAUCAGCUCGAUUAUAGGGCUCAUUAUUUUCCCUCUGUGAAUUCUGAGUUCUCGUUACGAGCUAGAGAAAUCUUUGACAUCGCGCCAUACUGAGGCCUAAUUACCCUUGGUCGCAGUAGACUCGUUCUAUUGUGUUAGCCCCGCGGUGACAUUUUUCUUCAGCUCCGGAUUUUUCCUGAGAAUUCGAUUCCCAGUGUAUUUUUCCUUGUGUAGGUGCAAAGAUCACCAUUCUCGAUGUAGUCUAAAUCAGCUCGAUUAUAGGGCUCACUGUUCCUUUUUCUGUAGGCAUUGAGUUCUCGUUACGAGCAAGAGUAAUCUUUUGACG